AUGUCAUUAACGCGAACCCUUCCUCGAGCUUUACCAAGAUCGAUCAUCUCCGUUCGAGGAUACACGACGAUCCCUCAACCAUCAGAUCCUGUACCUUCAAAACAACCUUCUUCAUCUACCACUCCCAAUCUCAAACAAUCGCCAAAUAUCCCUUCGACAUGGUCAACGGGUCAAAAUCCCAAGCCUCACGCAUACGAUAACCAAAGGUUCGAACAAACAGCUUUGGAAUGGCAACCUAAUCCUCAAAGUGCAAUGGGUAUGGUAGCUAAAGAUCCUAUUAGAUUGGUUAAUGGUAGAAAAGCAACUUGUGAUGGAGGCAUGGGAGCUCUCGGACACCCUAAAGUCUUCAUCAACCUAGACAAACCAGGACCAAAAGCUUGUGGAUACUGCGGAAUUCGAUUCGAGCAAGCGCAUCAUGAACAUUAG